AUGACCAGCACGGCAAAGCUCGCCUCAGCCCAGUGGAUCGCGCGCUGCGCGCAGCUCAUUGUGCUCGUCGACUACGUCGCCGUCGGCGCGAUGCGGACUGUCCUCCCGUACUACGUGAAGCAUCUCGGCGCGUCGGGCGCCGCGGUUGGUGCACUCGAGACCCUCUACGGCGUCGGUCAGAUCGCCGGCGCGGUCGCGCUCGGCUGGCUUAGCGACGCGCGAGGGCGCAAGGCUGUGCUGCUGCUCUCGUUUGCCGGCGCCGCCGCCGGGUACAGUGUAGCGUCUGCCGCGGUCGCGCUGGGCUCGGUGCCGUUCCUGCUCGCAUCGCGGCUGCCCGUCGGCGUAGCGAAGCAGACCGUGACGGCUACCCGCGCCAUCAUCGCUGACAUCACGCCGCCUGACGCGCGCAGCGCACCGCUCGCACGCCUCUUUGCCGGAUGCAGCCUCGGCUACGCCGUCGGCCCUGUGCUGGGUGGCCUGCUGGCGGACUACGCCGGGGGCGCCUCGCCGCUGCCGGCGGCGGCGUGCGCGGUCGUCUUUGUCGCGCUCAUGCCGUGCGGCGCGCUGGUGAUGCUCGCGUCGACUAGCCUGCCGCUGCUCAGCCUGCGACUCGGCUGGAGUGCGUCGAUGCUGGGGCUGUACAACUCUGCGUGGGGCGUCGCCAGCGGCGUGACGCCAGCGUACUGCUUGCGCGUCCAAGGAGCCGCGCUGCCCGACCGGGCGGCGCUGCGGCUCGGCAUCGGCUGCCUGGCCCUCACCAGCGCGUCGCUCUCGCUGUGGAGCGCGAGCGCGCGCGUCCUGUGGGCGGCGCGACGGGCCUCUGCAGACUCGUCGUGCCCUACGCCCCUGCCCCGCGCCGUCCUCGGCCGGCUCGACGCGGCGGGGAGCCUCUGCCGCGUGCUGCUGCCGCCCGCCGCGGGCGCGCUCGCGGACGGGCCUGGCUUGUGGGCGGCUUUUGCGGCGCAGGCCGCGCUCUGCCUCGGCGGCCUCGCGUGCACCGAGUGGUGGUGGUUUCGGAGGGCACAGGCCGGACAGGCGCAGGAGCGGCUGAAGGCGGCUUGA